AGAACCGAAGAAGAAAGCUGAAAAAGGAAAAGAUUCCAACAGUCAGCUGUAUCAUAUCUCUCACAUUUCUCUUUCGGAGAUCUGAAUCUAAAAAGAAACACCAAAAUGCAGGACCCGCCAAGUAUUGACCCGAAUCCCGAUCCACUAAUUCCCUCCAAUGCGUCUUCCGCCACUCAAACGACGCCGUCCUUCCCCAACCCAACCGCAUUUCGAGGCUCUUACCAUAGGCGAGCCCACUCCGAGGUCCAAUAUCGUAUCCCGGACGACUUCGAUCUCGUCUCCGAUCCGUUCGAAGGGUUGGGAUCCGAAGACGACUUGUUUUCCCGUUACAUGGAUAUUGAGAAGCUAGGGGGAUCAUCUAAGGGGUUGGAAGAUGGAGGAGUGCCUUCCGGGUCGGGUCAGAACCCGAAAGGAGAGGAAAUGAAUGGCGUGAUGGGCAAGGAAGAGAAGAGUAAUGGAGGAGGGAAAGGAAGGCAUAGGUAUAGUAAUUCGGUUGAUGGGUGCUCGACAAUGGAGACGAUUGAAGCUAAAAAAGCUAUGGCGCCCGAGAAGCUUGCUGAAUUGUGGACUAUUGACCCAAAGAGAGCCAAAAGGAUCAUUGCAAAUCGGCAGUCAGCUGCUCGCUCUAAAGAGAGGAAAGCCCGAUAUAUAACUGAACUGGAGAGAAAAGUUCAAACACUCCAAACGGAAGCAACUACUCUUUCAGCGCAACUAACGCUAUUCCAGAGAGAUACUACAGGCUUAACUACUGAGAACACUGAGCUUAAGCUUCGGCUACAAGCUAUGGAACAACAGGCUCAGCUACGUGAUGCUCUAAAUGAAGCACUGAAGAAGGAAGUAGAGAGGCUCAAGAUUGCUACAGGAGAAAUAACAUCCACAGAUACCUUUAAUUUGGAAAUGCAUCAUGUAGCAUACAACCAAGGUCCCUUCUUUCCUUCCCAGCCGGAGCAAAUGCUAGUGGACACCCAGAAUAUACAAAUGCCACCAUUUCAUCCCUUGGGAUCAAACAUGUUUACAACUUAUCAGUCUAUGGUAACUGCCUUCAAUUCUCAUACCUUUGCCGAUAUGAUGCAUCAGGAUCCUCUUGGUCGAUUGCAGGGGCUUGAUAUCAGCAGCAGUAGUUCCCACCUAGUGAAAUCCGAAGGCCCCUCAGUUUCUGCUGGUGAAAGCAGUGGAGCAUAAUGAUACAAAUUUUGCUGGUCUACGACUUGCCCUGCUCUAUUUGUUGGAUUGUUCAUAGACCGACCUUAUUGACAUCGAAAGGCACUAUUUGUUUGAAUUCAAUUCUUUUAAUGUGAUUGGAAUUUUAGUUUUUUUGUAGCUUUUCUAGAUCUUCAGAUGUUCGAGAUUCUUUUGUAGUGGAAUUCAAUUUCCUUUUCUGUUUGGAGCAAUGUUGUGGGAAUAGAAGUUUGUCCUUAGGAAUAGGUUAAUGCUACAUCGCAAGCUGGUGGCUCCCUUUGUAGUGUCAUAAGAUUGUUUAAAGUUGUAUUGCUGGUG